UUACCCAAACACAAAUUUACUCAUACACUCGAAGACGAACCAGUGUGAGAUCAUCAAGUUUACACCUAAACCGUCUUUUUGGUUCGAUUUGAUGAGAAUUGUGUUAACUGUGUAUCCCAUCAACUCAUAAUGCAUUUUUCGUUUUUUUUCAUCGCGUUAUUCCCCAAUGUGGAUUUUUCUGUUAUAAAAAGCAAUUUUUGUCUUUCUUCCCUUCUAAAUGGGAAGAAAAGGAAGUUCAUGAAUACAGAUCAUCGCUUAAUAACGUCGUUUUAACUUCCGAGAAGAUAUAAAAUAAGGGUUUGAUGCAAUUUGUGGUCAGUUCAAGUAACAUUUUUGAACAAGUCUGAUCUCUGUUUAUAUACUGUCCAACCAAUAAUUCGAAGUUGUGUUUCUCAAAAUCUCACUCAAUCAUCUAACUAUUGAAUAAAAUUAUGAAUAAAUUUCUACCUUUGAAACCUUUUUGGAAAACGUAAAAGUUUCAAAUUUCAUCUAGUGUGCAAAUUGAUUAGUUGCCCUAAUCAUGAAACACUUGACGGCCAUCGUAGCUGUCCUUAUUGCUGUGACAGCAUUUUUUCCAGACGUGAUAGGGGAGGAAGACAAAAAUGACGUUGAGUCCAGUAGUCUGCAUGCAAAUUUGACUUUGUCCCCAGUCGACGCUGCAGAAGUCACUGUGAUACCCAGCUCAAGAAAGGGAAGGGGCGGCAUCCUAUCUGGUGGAAAGAGCAUCGUAGUUAUUCCUGCAGGAGGUGGGGGUGGUGAAGGGAAAACAUUGCUGCCCAAAAUUUAUCUGACUGCUGGAGUAGCCACGGCUGGAAAAUUUAAGGGAGGGGAGUCCUCAGGCGGUGGAGGGAGUGGUCAUGGAGGAGGCGGUGGUGGUGGGCACGGAGGAAGUGGUGGUGGGAGUGGUCAUGGAGGCGGAGGAGGCAGUGGUGGAUGGGGAUCAGGAUCAGGCGGAUCAGGAUUGGGCGGAUGGAUGGGAAAUCUAGGUGGGGGCAGUCUUGGUGGCGGCGGUCUUGCAGGCUGGGGAAUGGGACUUGGUGGGGGUUGGGGGCUGGGUGCAAGUGGAGCAGGACUCGGUGGACUUGGGUGGGGAAUGGGGGGUGGUUUGGGAGGUGGUGCAAUGGGACUUGGCUGGGGAUUAGGUGGACUCGGUGGAAUGGGAGCUGGUUGGGGACUAGGAAGUGGGGCAGGCCUUAUGGGAUGGGCAAUGGGAGGAGGAAUUGGCGGCGGUGGGUGGGGUUUAGGUGGAGGAGGAGGAAUGGGUGGUGGCUGGGGAGGGUCUCGUGGCUUUGGAGGUGGGUGGGGGGGCGGAGGAGGUGGUGGGGGCGGUUGGGGAAGUGGACCAGGCUGGGGUGGUGGUGGUGGUGGAGGAGGAGGAGGCAAGUUAUACAUUGUUGACGCUGUCUUGGACUAUGCACUAAUUAUUUAG